AUGUUGGAGAAGGUAGCCUUGGUGGCAAGGGUUUCACCUCCCCCUGCAUGGCCUGGCAGGCUAUGCUUUCGCCGAGGCUUGGCCACGGCUGCGAAGUCGCCAGACAGACAGAAACUCCCGCUGGCAGGCGUUCGCGUGCUGGAUAUGAGUCGGAUCCUGGCUGGAGUAGGUGUCAUUUACUCAUGGCAGCUUUGA